AUGGCGGCUCUGGUGAGACUACCUGGCGGCGAGGCCGACGCCAAGAAGAUCUGCGAGCGGUCCGUGCUCGUGAAGGCCAUCCUCGAAGUUUGGGCUGAGGGCAGCACCUGGGAAGAGGUUGUGGAGGCUUGUCUCGCUCAAGGCUCAGACGUCCGGAGGCAGCGCCGGCAGUACUUGGCACCGCCCACGACCAUUUGCUUACGUGUGGAAGCUUUCGGCAAAACGCUGACCGUGGAGGAGAAGAGGGCAACAAUGGAGACACUGCGUCCACUCUUCGACGGUGAUGAGGUGGUUGACCUGCGGGCCCCAGACACGAUGCUGUGGGUGUUGGAGGAGCACUCUCACCGGAGCGACGAGAAGACACACCUCGGAAAGCGAACACGGCCGCCUCGACGAGUGUUUCUGGGGCGGCAGGUUGCGGGUGGGCGCAGCACGGACAAGAAGCGGCAGAGUGGUGAGAAGUGUUUCUUCCACCGCUACGACCUCUCCCAGCGCGCUGUGCUCGGCCCUACCACACUGGACAACGAGCUGGCCUUCAUCAUGGCAAACUGCGCUGGUGUCCGGCCCCACCAGCAGGGCAUGGACCCUUUCUGCGGGACGGGCGGUCUUCUCAUCGCCAUGGCUCAUUUCGGAGCGAAGCUCUUCGGCGGAGAAAUCGACAUCCGGGUCGUGCGCGGAUGGAGGAUCGCCUACACGAAGAACAAAGCCGCCGUCCUCGACGCCGCCCGCAGCCGUGGCCUGUCGGCUGCCGGUGGAGGUGCCCCGGCCGCUGCCGAUGCUCCAGACGCUUCGUUCAACAUGCCGGGAACCUGCGAAAGGGGCUCUCACAGCAGCGCCGGUGGCAGCGGUUGGAGCCUGGAAUAUUUGCAAGCACUGGGGUUGCCGCUGGCGGCGGGGGCUCCGGGAGCCGCCAAGGCGAAGCAGCCCAAGCAGCCCAACAACCGAAACGCGAAGGCGGAGAAGGACCCGGCCCUGACCAGUGCAGGGGGCUGCAACAUCUUCACCAACUUCGUGCAGUAUGGAUUUCCAAGCCCGGAGAUCGUCGUGUGCGACAACGCCAUGCCGCCUUGGCGAGCUGUGAAACCGGGCUGGCUCGACUUCAUCAUCACCGAUCCCCCGUAUGGUGUCCGUGCAGGCGCCAAGAAGUCAGGCCGCGACGAGGCGAAGAAGAAGGUGGUCAUCCAGGACGUCAGCAGCUACAUCCCCUCCAAGGUAUCCUAUGGCGAGGAGGAGCUUUCUGAAGAUCUCCUGAACUUCGCCGCCGCGAGCCUCGUGGAUGGUGGAAAGCUGGUCUUUUUGGUGCCCGUCGACCUGGCGGACUUCCUUGGCAUCGACCGCGCGGCAGUCGAGCAGGAUCUCGAAGGCACGAGGCCCAACUUCCACGACAUUUGCCACCCCAAAGCCGGGCGGAAGAAGGAUCCGAGGCUGUGUGUGUCGGAGACGACACGCGACCCGCUGCUGCUGGACGAAAGCCGCUACGUUGACUUCAUUCCGCAGCACGUCGCGUUUCGGCUCUUGGGCGCCUCGCUACAAGUGCUGAGUGGUGGACUGGGCCGCUUGCUGGUAACGAUGCAGCGUCUGCCCCGGUAG